GGUGGGGGGGGGAACGGGGACGAUCCGAGCCGAAGAAAUGCACCGUGUGCUGCAACCUGCGCUGUGGCGCUGCCUCCUCCUGAUGCUGUGCGUGUCGGGCCGUGUCGGGACGGACCCCGAGACCCACUCGAGUUUCCUCCACGGGCGCCUGAGGACUCAGGAGAGGCGAGAGAUGCAGCGGGAGAUCCUGUCCAUCCUGGGGCUGCCCCACCGCCCUCGCCCCCACCUCCGCGGGACGCACAGCUCGGCCCCCAUGUUCAUGCUGGACCUGUACCACUCGCUCUCCCCGGAGGACGGGGUGGAGGGCUUCUCGUACGCCCACUCCCCGCUCGGGGACCCCGGAGCCCCCCCCCCACCCCGGGCCACCCCCCACGACACCGGCUUCCUCAACGAUGCUGACAUGGUCAUGAGUUUCGUCAACCUGAUGGAGGAUGAACAGAUGCCCACCCCUCACGGCGAGUUUCGCUUUGAUCUGUCGCGGAUCCCGGAGAGAGAGGCCGUCACCGCUGCAGAAUUCCGCAUCUACAAGGAUUACAUCAGGGAGCGUUCCCACAACCAGAGCUUCCAGCUCACACUGUGCCAGGUCCUGACCAGAGCCCCCGCCAGUGCCUCCACAGUGUUCUGUCUGGACUCUCGGCUAAUCUGGGCGGAGGAGGAGGGCUGGCUGGUGUUUGACAUCACUGCCACCAGCAACCAGUGGGUGCUGAACCCCAACAAGAACCUGGGGCUGAGGUUGUACGUGGAGACGCCCGAAGGCCGGAGUGUAGAUCCUUGGCGGGCAGGGCUGAGCAGGGGGCUGGGACCUCACAACAAACAACCCUUCACAGUCGCCUUUUUCAAAGCUUCUGAGACACAUCUUCGCAACCCCCGCUCCACAGGCAACGCCCGCGGCCAACCCCAGCCCCGUGGGAAAGCCGGCAAACAGCCAGACACACUCCGCACCAGCAACCUGGCAGAGCUGAGCAGUGCUGAGCAGCAGCAAGCCUGUAUGAAGCGGGAGCUGUAUGUGAGUUUCCGGGACCUGGGAUGGCAGGACUGGAUCAUCGCCCCCGAGGGCUACGCAGCCUAUUAUUGUGAGGGUGAGUGCUCGUUCCCGCUCAAUUCCUACAUGAACGCAACCAAUCACGCCAUCGUGCAGACUCUGGUUCACUUAAUAAACCCAGAAAAAGUGCCGAAACCGUGCUGUGCUCCCACACAGCUCAAUGCCAUCUCCGUCCUCUACUUUGACGACAGCUCAAACGUUAUCCUGAAGAAAUACCGCAACAUGGUGGUCAGAGCGUGUGGCUGUCACUAGUGCAAGAUUGAGCUCAUCCUCUCCCCUCUUUACCACCCACUCUAGUUAUAAAUCUAUCCUAAUGAUUGUCACACCGGCAUCUGCUGUUGAUUGCCUCGCACUCUCCUCCAGCCUCGUGUUCUCUCUGUAUCUCUAAAAUGUUGCUACCCCUGAUACAAUCGACAAGGUUUUUCACAGUCCCUGUUAGCAUCCAUAUUAGUUUGUUUGUCUCCCUUUGCUGCUCUCUCUGACUCUCUCUCUCUCUCUAUUUUCCUGGGGAAUAGAGCUUCCGGUGGGUCAGAAUCAGAUGGAGCUAUGAGCCUCCGUGACAUGCAGAGCCAGUGUCUGGCUCAGUCACUGAGGUUUGUGUCCUGCUCAUUGUCGCCUGAAUCAUACAGGGAGCAAUACACGUCCUCCCGCUUCAAACCUGUUUGUAAACUUGCUUAUGCCCCUGUCUGUCAACUUGCUCACCAACCCCUUCCCUGUAUUCCCUUCUCAGAUCUGUCCACAUUGUCUGACUCGCAUGUAAAACCUCAAUAGGACUUGGUACCACUCGCCUGGCAUCCCAACAUACCCUCUUCUCCUCUGUUGUGCUGUGUUGAUUCUUGCCUGCCCCCCCCCACCCUUUCAACACAACACCACAGAAUACACCACAUGAUAGAGGGGAUUGACUACCUCUGUGUAUGUGUGCGGGGUGGGAGGAGUACAUGCACGGAGCAGGAUAUGGGUGAAGUUUGCAGUCUGUGUGGGCAGUGCUGUGUGAACAAGUGUACAAUAUUAUUGUGUAAAUAGUUUUCUAUUGCAUUAUUUAUUUCCUUUGUGGUUCCAUCAUCCUCCCAGCCCCCCCCCCCCCCCCCCACCACCCACUUGUGUCAGGGUGAAAACAGUAAUAUUCUACAAGAGAAAAUUUCCAGCCUGAAAA